AUGGUCUCUGCAUUUUUAAGGAGGGUUCCUGGAAAAGAGAGGAUAAAUGAGCUUAAGAAGUUAAGCUCUUCUAUAUUUGGUCAUAGCUGGAAUCCAGAAAAUAUAAGAAAUGGUUUAAAGAUUUUAAGAGCACCCUUACUAGGUCCAAAAGUCGUGAAAUAUUAUGGUGAAAAUGACUCCAUGCCUACAUUCAAAGAUUUCAAAGAGUGGUUUCCUGAAUUGAAAUUAACGGAUCCUAAGGAAACAUACAGAUUGAAAAUGGUGUCGGAUAGAAAGAAGAGAAACAAAGGUGCACCUAAGAAGAAAUCGAAGCUGGGUUAG